AUGAAGCAGAGGUCUGGAGCCAGACCCCCCCCUCCCCCGCCCCUUCCGCCCAACGUCGGUUCGCCGAACAAUAAAACGUUUGCGACAGGGAGGAGAGUUGUGUACAGGAGCGAAGGCUGGAGCCAGGGAGGGUGCGAGGGGAACUUCCUCCGCGACUACUGGAGGGAGCCGAUCCUGCGAGACCUGGAGGACAGCAUGCAGCGGUUCCCUAUGCCGGUGAUAGUGAAUUGUGCAGCCGAGGAGGACCACGCCAUCCUGAACCGCGACGCGCUGCCCGAGGGCACCCGGGUUGCGUCGGUCACCUUCAAGAUGAUCGACAAGAGUCGCAGCGAGGAAGCCAGGGGAGAGUUCGUGCGGUGGGCGCUGCAGGAGCGCUGCAUGUCUGUGGAGGAGCUGCUGGAGUACCCCGGGCUCAUCGAGGAGGGAGAGGAG